AUGUGCUAUACUUAUUCUUUAGACAAAAAAGAUUUAAUGAAGUCAUUUGAAAAAUACCCUGAUGUUUUUGAAGAAAUAGAGAAGAGAAUUGUCAAGCAUGAUGGCCUACCAAUUGACAUUGCAAAUCAAGAUUCUGCAAAUGAUGAUGAGUUGAUCAAGCUAAGAAGCGCUGAUUUGAGGAACGUUCUUGAUAUACAGACUGGGAUUACCGAAUUUGACUUUAGUAAUAAAGGGAGAAGGGAAUCUUUGAAUAAGAGAAGAAAAAAUCUUAUUGCAAGAUCGGGCUCUGAUUUGGGGGAGAGAAAGCAAAGCAUUUCUAAGAGUAUGCCAGAAAGGCGGUUGAGCAGAGAGUAUGCUCCAAUUUUAGAUGUUUCUUUUAAGAGCACAGCUCAAAACCCAGAAAAUUAUUAA